GUUGAAUUGUCUGAUUUUGAAAAUUUUUGAAAUUUUGACUCUUUCUGUGUAAAGCACAGGUGGUUCCAGUUGUUAAAACCUAUAUGGAAGCCAACUAGAGAGCGUUAACGGAUACUGCGGACGCAAAUUUUCGAUCUACGGCCUCGUUAAGAGGUGUCGUGAAGGCAUCGUAAGUUUGCAAUUGUGCAUUCAGAUCGUCAUGAGUAAGUUGUCGUUCCGGGCGCGGGCACUGGAUGCCACCAAACCUAUGCCUGUUUACCAGAGUGAGGAGUUACCGGACUUGCCGGAUUAUUCGGCAAUUAACAGGGCUGUGCCUCAAAUGCCAACUGGAAUGGAAAAAGAGGAGGAAUCGGAAACGCAUCUUCAACAGGCUAUCACUGCACAACAAGUCUAUGGUACAACAAGUAACUUAGUAAUUCCUACACCAGAGUUUAAAACACAAGUGGUACAUUAUGAAAAGUUGUAUGAAAAUAAUGUUAGACAAAACAAGCAAUACAUCCAUGUGCAACCCCUGGGCAUCGAACAAGACACUCCCGAUUAUGACAUGGAUUCGGAUGAUGAAGUCUGGAUGCAAAAACAGUCAAAAACUUUAGAAAUUAAUCCAUUGCAAUUUGAAGAAAUGAUGGAUCGUCUUGAAAAGGGCAGUGGGCAGCAGGUGGUGACAUUGCCAGAAGCCAAAUUGUUACUAAAGGAAGAUGAUGAUCUUAUUAUAGCAGUAUAUGAUUACUGGUUAAACAAGAGAUUAAAAGUAGGUCAUACUUUAAUACCGUCAGUUAAACAAGAAAAAAGAGAUGGUUCAACAAGUAACAAUCCUUACGUCGCAUUCCGGCGGCGGACGGAAAAAAUGCAAACAAGGAAGAAUAGGAAGAAUGAUGAAGCAUCGUAUGAGAAGAUGUUAAAACUUAGAAGAGAUCUCAAUAGAGCAGUUACAUUAUUGGAAAUGGUGAAAAGAAGAGAAAAAAAUAAAAGAGAGGGGCUUCAUCUGACUGUGGAGGUUUUUGAAAAAAGGUUUGCAGUAGGAGACUAUAGUGGUCAGUUAUUAGCUGAAUGUGAAGCUCUUCGAAACCAAAGACCUUCUUACUCUCUACCUACAAUGAAUGGUAGUCAAUAUAUGAGGCACCAUGAAUCAUGGGCAAGUAAAGUAGCGGAAGAAGGUGGGGCCAGGAAAAAAAGAAAAUAUGAGAAACGGAAACACAAAGCUCAGAAUCAAGCCAAACAGACUAGUAGUAUGGUUCCUUCUUAUAAUGAUUUGGAGUCACAUUAUCCAGAUCUCACAUCAGAAGAAGAACCCCUUUCACCAGUGCAAUCUCCGUCAGACCAUGAAGAUGAAAAUGAUCCUGAUGGUCACUUUGCUUUUAGAAGGAAAAAAGGUUGUAAUUAUUAUGCGCCGCGCAUAGAACAGUUGGGUAAUUGGCCAUGGUGUAGUCGAGAAGAGGGCGGCUGGGCAGAUACAAGAUUUCGCUUUACAUGCACUUCUCUCAGGAGACCCCAUCGAUGUAUAGGCUUUGCGAGGCGGAGAGUAGGUAGAGGUGGAAGAGUUUUACUAGAUAGGGCGUACACACAAAUGGAUGAAUAUCUUCAUCAUCGCGACAAUUCCUCAUCACUGCCAAAUGGUCUUCCUCUUAAUGAAAUACUUAGAGAAAUCAAGGAACAAAGAUUGUUACACUUUAGACCAAGAACGCCGGAAAGGACUGAUGAGUCACAUAACUCCUUAACUGUGCCUGUCUCCUCUUCCUCGUCAGCAUGUGCCAGCUUAUCGCAGGAAGCUACAGGAUUUAAUGCAGAACAAUUUCAAACGCACCAAGAACAAUUAGUGCAAAUGCAAAAACAACAACAACUUGAACAAUUGAAACAAGAGAAAUUAAUACCGGACUCCUCAGUCAAUUUAGGAGCAUCGUUCUGUUCUCAGCCGACCUCAAAGUUUACGUUAGAUUCAGCUACAGCCCAUUUUGCAGUUUCAGCUUUAAUCAACACAGAUCAGUGCCCAAGUUUAGUUCAGCCCGUGGGUACUGCACGGACGAUCAAUCCAGGACAUAGUAUUCAUAAUAGUGCUGUAUAUGAACCAACACCAAAAGUUACUGCCCCUGGCCAUUCCCUUGCUCCAGCUGCAACUGUUCUUCAAUUAAAUUUUCCAAUCACAACAUCAACAUCGUCAGCAUCUCUCACGUCUAGUACAGGACUUUCUGUUUCAUUGACGAGUAUGGCACAAACAAGUACAGUGGACUCAUUAAAAGUUAGAAAUCCUGCAGCAGUUGGUAAUAUUGGUACUGUGAUUACAACAACCGCAACAAAACCACUUGCGCAGACCACCAGCACAGUACUCAAGUUACCAAACAGUAUAGCAAGGGAGACGCACGACAGCAAAAAUCCUCUGACUUUGGGGAACGAUAAAACUGUUGUAAUGGAAGUGACAUGACUGAACUAAAAGCUGGACACUAAUAUGUUAACAAAGCUGGACUUCUGUAAGAAUUGUGUCAAAGAAUAUUGUACAAAUCUGGAACUGCAUGGUGUUGAUGGUUUGAUUUGUUGUAUAAAGAUUGUGUUCAACUCCAA